GAUAACAAAAAUUAUAAUUUUAUAAUCAAUUUUAUUAAAUAUUGAGCUCAUUAUUUGGUUUUCCAACUUUACAGGAAUGGCUUUUCUUUCAACAAUGAUUUUAUCAAAAUGUCAUUAAAUGUGAUAUUUUUGUUUCUAUUUUGUAAAUCUAGAAACUAAUUAUAUGAAUAUUGACAAAGAAUUUAUUUCAAUAUGUGAUUGUAAAUAUUACUCAAUUAUAAUAAUUAUAGUAUUAUAUAUACGAGUUUCAUUAAAAAAACUCAAAUGACCAUUUUUUAUUCAAAUGUGAUAAAUGUCUUCUCAAAGUCACAAUUAUUUGAUGUCUAAUGUAGCGGAAAAUAGCACUGAAUGUGUGCCACAAAUCUGUCAUUUGUCAUCAAACAUUAUCUCAAUUAACACCUCAACCAUUCCUCAAACCAUUAGUAGUUCCCACGAUUCCUAUUCGUGUUAUAUUAAUGGUCUCGCAAUAGAUAUAACAAACACUAGUGAUAACAAUAGUGAUAAUAUUGAAUCCUCAACAUCAGUAUUAAUGUCUGAAUCGUCUACUCCUUUAAUACUAACACUGGACGUACCAAAUGUGAGCCGAAAUGCUGUCACUUCUCCGAUGCCAUCACUUAUUUUGCCAAAUAUUCAAAAUGAUUUCUCUCACAAUAUCACUCAACAUGAGAUUAAUGCUGAAAAUAUUAGACAAAAUAGACCUCAAUUGAAAAUAGUAGAGCAGCCGACAAACAGAAUCAGAUACAGGUAUAGAAGUGAAAAGGGUUCACACGGAGGGCUCACCGGCGAGAAUAGUUCCCAAAACAAGAAAACAUAUCCAACUGUCAAAUUAGAAAACUACAACUCCUUGGCUCAGAUUAACGUCGAGAAAUAUAGUUUCAAUAUUAUCACCUCAAUGGUUCCAGAGUUUCAAAAUUUGGGCAUUUUGUUUGUGGGCAAAAAGGAAGUGCCGGACAUCUUAUACCGCAGAAAACUAGAAGAAAAUCAAACACUACUUAACAAUUCAUUCAUUAAUGCAAACGCAAACAUAUCGAUAAACAACGCGUUCGAGAAGAAUCAGAAAGAGAUGCAAAGGAUAUGA